UCGAAAUGAAGAUAACUUGUGACUUGAUGAUCUUUGUCCUUGUGUGUUUUAAUUUUGUUUACUUUCCUGCGUUUGGUGCCUCGACUGAAGACUUGCAAAUGAAAGUGAAAGAACCCUCCAGUUUUCGACCCUCGUCGUCUGAAAUGUGUAACAUGUUAGAGAAGGCAAACCUCGAAAACCGUGGCUUCCAAAAGGAAGUUGUCAGAAAGUCGUCUCAGAAGCCUGGAAGAACCGGGUCGGAUUUUGAAACGGUGUACAAUUAUGAAAAGGUGGUGAACUGCUCUGUGGGAGCCAUUCAACAAAUGGGAGUGGAAUUGAACACAUCUUUGCCAGGUGCUUUCGGAAAGGAAAUGUCCCGCUGGGUAACAAAGGAAGUGAAAGGGAGGCAUUUCGACAGCAACGGGAAGUGUGCAUUGGGACUGGAAGUUGAUUUCAGGGGAGGCAAGGGCUGCGAUGUGAGAAGCAAGAGCAAGAAUGUUAAGAAAAGGAUCCGUCGACUCUUCGGCUUCAACAUUAAAGCAUCUAUAAGACUGAGGCUCAAGGGUCUGGUUUUCAGAGUUCCCCGUGUCAACUAUACCAGCUUUCUUUAGUUAUAUUUUAAACCUUGUUCUAUGGAAUGAUAGUGUAGAUCUUAGCUAGAAAACAGUUCGUUCUGUUUCUUAUAGUUUAGAUUUCAAAGUUGUCAUUGGCUCGAUCUUGAGUGACACACGGCAAUAACCAUGUGACCCUCCAAAGCCUCUGACCCGCCCACCACUUCCCAAGCAAUAAAUACUGGUCAUUUUGUGUUAUCAGUAAUGAUAAUAUCGUUAUCACCUUGGUAAGCAAUGAAAUAUUGUUGGUACUGCACUUAAAAAAAAAAUUAGUACUGUACAUCAAAGUACAAGUGCUAGUAUUGUAAGUAAUGUUAAGUACUGAUAGUAAUGUAGGUUUUUGUAAACGAUGUAUGGCAUUAAAGGAAAACAAAUAAAAAGAUAA